GGGGGCUGGGCCUGAGCGGCCGAGCUAAGGUUUAGGCCCGAGAGAAAGAGGCGGUACUAAGGUUCCAGGUGGGACGAAGAGGGGCGGGAAGGAGGUGGGAGGCCCCGGAUGAAGAGCGCGGCUGAAGCUUAGGUUUGGGCUAAAACAACGCAGAGCAAGGGGAGGGUGGAGGGAGAGAUUGGGAAGCAUGGGGCGGAGUUAAGGGCUGGAUCGGGGCGAGGCUGACAUUGAGGUUUACGGCUGGCUCGGCCAAGCUGAGGUUCAGGAUUGGACUUCCGCGAGGAAGUCUUGUAGAGAGAGAACUGGGCUGGGAGCGAUGUGGGUCAGGACGACACUGACGAUCGAAAGGUGGACUAAGGAAAAGACUGAGGACAAUGCCACCCUCUGGGCUGAGAGCAGCACUGGGUACAGGUGGGGCUUCUCAGGAAGUCUGUGAUGAGUGAAUGGCAUGGGGAGGGGCUGCUGCCACUGCCACUCUACUCUCUCAGAUGUAAACAGGUUACCCAGCUGGGAGAGAGGACAUCUGCUGGCUGGCGUGGCGUCUAGCACGGAUGCAUCUACCUUCUCCUCUGAAGGUGAAUUCAAGGACCCAGACAGGUGCUGCUGGAAACACAAGCAGUGCACUGGGCACAUUAUCCACCCCUUCACCUCUGACUAUGGUCACCACAACCUGCACCUGCACUCUGUCAGCCACUGCGACUGUGAUUCUAGGCUGAAGGACUGCUCAGAGAAGACAAAUAGCAGCAGCUCCCGAGAUGUGGGCCCAGCCUGCUCCCGAGAUGAGGGCUCAACAUGUUUCAACAUCAUCCAGUCCCCUUGCUUUGAGCUCAUCCCAGAGGAGGAGUGUGUGGAACGGUUCUGGUAUGGCUGGUGCAAAAGCUAUAGGCCUGUCUCUGUGGCCGUGAUCCACCAUCCCAUCCACCAUGACUGUGGGGCAGAUAAUCUGAAUGAAGAGGAGGAGGAGGAGGAGGAAGAAGAAAGCAAGCCCCCCAUUCCGACCCAGGUGGGGCCGGCCACCACCACCACCACACCCGCUGACCCAGUUAUGGGCACAAUCACAAGUACCCCGGAUUCAGCAGCUCCCAUCACUAUCUGGCGCUCUGAGAGCCCCACAGGGAAGUCCCAGGGCCACAAGGUGAUCAAGAAGGUAAAGAAGAAAAAAGAGAAAGAGAAAGACAAGGAAGAGGAUACAGAUGAGAAGCCAAAGCCGAAGAAAAAAGUCAAGAAGGGCAAGUUGAUUAAGAAGAAAAGCCCAGUUAAAUCGGAAUCUUCACCUCCAGACCUGAGCCGGUCAGUAAGCCCGAGAGAGUUGACCAGGAUGUCAGAGUCCAGCCCAGAUAGCCGGGGAGACCUGGAGAGUGAGGACAGUUACAAUGACCCCAGGCGGGAGGAGCCCUCUAGCGAGGAUAUCUUGGAGUCUUCGUCCCCCAGGAAGAGAGAGAAGAACACCAUCCAGACUAAGAAACCUGGGGCAAGGGCCUCACCAGUCAAGAAGGUCAAGAGGAAAUCUCCCCCAGCAUCAAAUCCCAAUCUCAGUUGAGGCCAGGGCAUCCAGGGUGAAGAAUAAAUGCGAUCAAGCCUGUAGCUGACCCCCUGCUGCUGUUCUCUCUCCCUCCAACCUGUCCCUUCCCAGGGGAGGGGGUGGGUUCUGGGCACAGCAGGAGUCAAGGGGCCAGGGGCUACUGGGGUUUUGGAAGAGUAAUUUGUUCCUCAGGACGGAGUCCAUGGGAACAGAAGGGAGGGCAGAGGCGGGGCACAGCCUGUUUCUCUGUAACAUUCUAGGCUCAGGGCAGAGCACAUCUGGAUGGGGUGGGAAGGAGGCUCCCCAUCUUUUGGGAGACUGGUCUGUGAAAUCCACUCGGGGAUAGGCAGUGCUGUCUGCAGUGAUACCCCUAAUAAAUUGAACCUUUUAACCCA